AUGCCCAGAGGUCCGACUGCUCCCGGCGAGCAGGCUCUAAUGCAACGCGGAGGUCGUUUUCGAAGUCAGACACGGCGACUGGCUCCCGCAAACUGUCGACCUUCCAGAAUCGUGUUGCUGCUCCGUCAGGCUGCGGCAGCGAGGGAUCUUAGCCACGGAGGCCUCUCUACCGAUCUACUCGCCCAAUGCGCCGAAUCGCGUUCGUCGACCGAUCUCGUUGCUGCAUAGCCCAUCCUACCGCUUGGGCUUUUUCGAUGCGCAAGAGCUUCGCGGCAACAUUGUACAGUCUAUCCCAUGGACUGACUAA